AUGCUACAAAAACAACAAUAUCUAUCUUCAUCAUUGCUAUCUUCAUCACCGAUUAUCUUUUCAAGUUCAAUUCCUUCUUUAUCUACAUUAUGUAUAGAUAGAUUGAAUGAGAUUUUAUUGAAUCAGAGUUGUAAUUCAAAUAGCAAUAGUUAUAGUGAUAAUAAUGAAAUAUCAAGUAAUAAUAAUAAUAAUAAUAAUAGUUUAAGGAAAUUAGUUGAUGGUUAUUAUCAAAAUGAAAAUAUAGAUGAUAGUUUGCUAUCUAGUGAACAAAGAAAUAUUAGAGUUAAGAGAUACACUGAUCUAUUCGAAGUAUUAGACCGCUCAAAUGCAAUCAAUCUGAAUACACUCUAUCAAUAUUCAGUAGCAUUACCUUUAGACUUUAUAACUCAUCUCGAUUUCAAAUCAUCUCAUGAUUUAACCAACAAUGUAUUACAUUCAAUUAGUAAAAUUACAACAAUACGUUCAUUAUCAAUUGCAAAUUGUAAAAGAAUUGAUCAAUUUGGAUUUCAAGCUUUAAAGAAUGUUUCUGGAACCAAUUUAGAUAAUGAAUGUUUGAUAUCGGUAAAGGAAAUGCCUAGAAUCGAAAUAUUGAAUAUCAGUGGAUUGAAAGAUAUCUCUGAUAUAGCGUUGGUACAUCUGUCGGCUUGUACAACACUGACUAAACUCAUUGCAAAAUCAACACCACUCACCGACGAUUCGUUACUCUUCACCUCCAACUACAUCAAUAAUUCACAUAGAAGAGCUGGAUUUGUCUCUUUACACACACUCAUACUCUCUGACACGUUAAUAACCGAUCGUGGACUACCAUACCUCCUUGAUUUACCUGUCAUUUCACACAUCGAUCUAAACAACACAAAAUGUACAUACAUCGAGCUAUCGAAACUAUCACAACAAUUUAACAACAAAAUUAACAAUAACAACAACAACAAUAAUAGCAACAAGUUAAAGGCAAAAAAGAAUAAUAAUAAUAAUAAUAAUAAUAAUAGUAUAUAUCAAUCAUAUCAAUUGGAUAUUAAAAGAAAUGUAAAUGGACAAUCAUUGAGAGAACCAGAUUUGGUCAUGGAGAAUAACCAACAGUGGCCAAUUGAGAGAAUCAAAGACUAUCUGUUGAGUUUGAAUAGUAGUAAUACAAGUCCAUUGGAUAGCAGUAGUAAUAGUAUUCUAUCAUUAUUGAAUCAAUCUUGUGAAUCAAUAGAAUCCGAUUCAUUUAAUAAUAGUAGUUGUAUAAGCAGUAGUGUUAGUUUGUUAAACUCUAGCUUUGAAAUCGAUUCCAGUCUAUAUCUACCUGUGAUGGAGGAGUCCGAUACACCCAAAGGCUUACUCGGAAUCAAAGUGUUUAAAGAUCCAUUCUCAAACUCUCCAACCAAAAGACAUCCUGGAAUGAUUGGUAAUAUCAACAUAUCAUUAUCAUCACCAACACAAACACAUCCUUCCAUCAACUAUAAACAGCAUCAACAUCAACAUCAACAACAACAACAAACAGUUCCAUCAUUAUUUUCAACACCAAAGAAGAAUCGUAUUAACAAAAAGAAGAUAAACAAUAACAAAAAUGAUAAUGAUAUUGAAGAUGAAGAUGACUGUGAUGAUCUAUUGGCACCUUCGACACCGGUUACACCUACAAAGCUAAUGUCAACGCCGAUGACACCAAUCAACUAUGUAUAUAAUCUUUUGAAAUCACCGAAACGCACCACUACAUUGUCGUCACCUAUCUACUCACCGAAAUCCAAUAAGAAACGACAAUAUCAUCAUCAUCAUCAACAACAUCACUACGAUUUACAAGCUUCACCAAUGACAACCAACCGAUAUCCAAAGUCACCAUCGAAACACUCACCAUCAAGACCAAAGAAACUUAAAGACGACAAAGAAGUUGUUCGUAAUCUAUUUAAUCAAUAA